UAAAAGGUGUAUAGAUAAUGGAUGGAUGAAUGGAUGAUUUGAAAAAUGAAAUUUAAAUAAAAUAUACAUUUAUAAGGGUAUCUCUGGAAUUUUAGAUUGAUCUAUCAAACACUUUCUGAGAUUAAAAAAAAAUAAAAAUCUGUCUUGUCAGGUUUUUGUCACAUUGAAAUUUGAGAUUGAAAUUUUCAGUUAUUUCUCAUCCUGUCAUUGAUGUCACUGUAAUAUUGGGAAAAAAAAUUCUUGAUUAUGUGUGAGUUAAAAUAUGAAAAAAGCUGAAGCCUUCAUGAAAAGUCCCAUCUUUGAGCACAUUAACCAUAAAGAAGUCUAAUACAGAAGUGAUGUUUUCUGAACCAUAUGUAACUGCAUGUCACAAUAAUACAAAAGUAAAGAUAGAAUAUUUUUAAUAUAAAAUACUUGAUCACAACAAUUGAAAGUUGUUUUCACUGAACAUUUAUGGAAUAAGUCUGAUGUGAAGUGUUUGAAUGUUUGUUCAACUGCUGCUUAAACAUAAUGUCAGGUUUAAUCUGCAGGAUUUGAAAACCAGCUGAUCAGUUUAUUGAUCAGUGUUCAGUCAGAACAGAUAUAAUACUAAAUUAUUUCACACCAUUAUAGGUCUCAUCUUUAUUAAUGUAAGAAAUGUAUUCAUUAACAUAUUAAUUAAUACAAUUAUGAAGUGUUGUCUAACUACUGAAAGAUUAACAAAGAUAAUUGUGGUGCAAACAGUAAAUAAUCUGGAGUUUAUUUAAUCUGAAGUUAAAUGUUUCCUCCAGGAGGUUACAGAGCAGUACAAUAAAUUGUUAGUUUAAUAUUUUUAACCACAGACAUUUAUUUUUUUGUCAGAAGUGAAUAAAACCAACAGGACUACAGUUACUAACAGAAGCUGUAGAAAUAAUCCGACUGUAUUUCUGAUUUUUCUACAGUCUGUGAUGCUGAAUGACACCAGCUGGUGGAGACAAACACAACAGCUGCUUCUUCAGUUAUUCUGAGAUGUUUCACGUCUUCAUAUUUCUCUUCCAGCAGCUGCUGCAGCGUUGCAUUGUGGGUCGACAGCGUGUCCUGAAGGUUUUUCACAGCUGCAGUGUUCAGGACGGCAGGCUGUGACUGACGGCUCCGAGGCCCCGCCCACACAGUGUAUAUAAAGCCUCAGAGCUCCUUCAGCAGCAGCACAAGCAGCAUAACCGUCCAGAUGGGGAUGCAGGAGGUCAUGGAAGGGAACCAGCAGAGGGUGGAGGUGAACAUCCUGCUGCUGGGAGCGCACAACGUCGGCAAGUCAGCUCUGACAGUCAGAUUUCUGACCAGAAGAUUCAUCGGAGAAUACGGAGACAUCGAGUCUGUUUACAGUCGAGUCGAAACAAUUGAUGGUCAGGAAAUCUGCAUCAACAUCUGGGACUCUCAGUUCACACAGGUCGGAGAGAAAAGCUGCUGCAUCAGCGACAAACAGCUGCAGUGGGCCGACGGGAUGAUCCUGGUCUACGACAUCUGCAACCGCAGCAGCUUUGACGUGGCGCUGCAGCAGCUGCAGCAGAUCCGCCGCAGCAGGAAGCCGUCCUCCGUCCCCGUCGUCAUCGUGGCCAACAAGCGCGACUUGCAGCGUCACCGCAACGUGUCCAGCGAGGAGGGCCGGUUGCUCGCUCUGUCGCAGCGCUGUGGCUUCUUCGAGGUGUCAGCCGCUGAAACAUACCACGGAGUCCUGCUGGUGUUCCACCGGCUAGUCGACCUGGUCCGGGAGCGCCGGGCACUCAGAAAGACCUCAGCCAGCGUCCGCAGCAUUGUCAGGAGUGUGUCGGCUGUGUUCGGGAAGAAACGGGCCGAGUAGAGGCGCCGCCAAUAGGUUGAUUUUACCGAUUCUGAUGAGGUGGAGGCUUCAGUCUGACAGCGAAGGCCAGAGACGGACCGAGCAGGUGGAGAGCCGACGUGAAGGAGGUCAAAGAAAGUCGAGUUUGGUUUCAGAGAGGCGGGUGAUUGGACAGAUUUAAGCCAAGAAGCACCGAGACAACAAAUGUCUUGACACCCAUCAGAAAGUGACAUGAAGAGCAGAUCAUGCUCCUCAGAGGAUGAACCCUGCUGACUGCUCCACUAGAAUUUUCUUGUUAUUUUAGCACCAAUGAGAAGUUUGACAGAAAUAAAAUGAGCUUGACACAUUCGUGCUCCCCUGAGUAUGAACUGCAGUAAACUCAUGAGUGCGACUGGAGCAAACUAUUCUUUUUUGGAUGAUUCUAUCGGCUGUUUGGUCUCUGAAAGGUAAAAAAUAAUAAAAAAUGUGGAUCAGUG